AUGCCAGGUAGUAUCUGCACAACUGAAGCUGCAGCCACUGAGAUGCCAGAGGUUCAGAAGAUCCCGUCAGAACCCGUGGAGAAACUUCCUUGGUCCUGGCGAUACCUGUCUGUGUGCAUUGUUUUCCCUGUGGUUGCCGGGGGAAUCAAUGUUUUCCUUUACUCAGGCCUCUCGCUCUACUACCGAGAGAUGGGGUGGGAGUUGUGGAUCACGGGGGUGGUCGUCAGCGUCGGAUCCCUCGGGAGAAUCUUCUUCCAGCAGUUGCAGUUGCAUCUUGGAUUGUGGACGGCAGCACCAAUGGCAGGUGUUCAUCUGCUUCUGGCGAUCCUCGUCACCAUCUACCCAGACAAGCUCUGGGCUCUGGUUGGCCAAUCCCUGGCGGUCAUCCUGUUUGACACGAAUGCCUUGAUGGAGGCCAUUUGCUUUGAAGUCUUCUCCGAUUCCGAGGCCAUCGCGCGCCAAGCGGCAGCCGCCAUGCUUUCCAGCUACACCGUUUCUUAUGCUUGUUCCGCCACUUACGGCGGAAUCAUCUACGACCUUUGGAGUUGGAACGGCGUAGCCUGGUAUCACAGCAUUGCUGCAUCGCUCAACUUGUUGCUCAUCGUGACGAUGCCCCCAGUACGAAGUUCGUGGAGGAAGCUUCGAGCACAGGGUGUGGAAGCCAGCUCGCAAGAUCUCAAAGCGACACGCCAGCGGGCCGGUUCUGCCCAAAGCGACGACUCUUGGUCUGGCAGCUUUCAUGCGCACUUGCCGCCACCUGAGCCUGUGGAGUUCUUGAAUCGCACGGUGCCAUCCGAGCAGGAGCUGGCCACCAACAUUGUCGCAGACGGGCAAGUGAAGAUCACGGAGUUGGAGUUGGAGGUAGAGCCUCCGGUACCUGAGACCCCGAAGAAGACCAAAAGCAGCAAGAUCCCAGCCAAUACCAGAAUGCCGGCAUUCAUGGUUUUCCUGAAUGGCUUCAUGAACAACUAUAAUUACGGCACAGUUUGGCUAACCUAUGCCAUCUUCUUCAAAGAACACCAUGGCUGGAACGAAGCAACUUGGGCUGGCAUCAGCCAGACAAGCGGUGACCUCCUUGCCGCCAUCAUGAUCGCUUUGCCUUUGAAGCGCAAGAUGGUGGACCCGAAGGAAAUGAAAGGCAUGCGUUGGCUUUGGUACUCCACAACGGGCCAGCCCUACAACGUAAGCUGCUUGAUGGUGGCAUGGCGAUCUUGUGCUUGGGGAUGGCCAACUCACUGUUGCCGGUGUCGAUUGCAGCGCAGGUGUUGA